ACCACUCUCUCUCUCCCUCUCUCUCUCUCUCUCUCUCUUUCUCUCUCUCACUGGUGUUUCUGUGAGAUGUUCUGUCAACACGCUGACAGCUCUGAUAGCUCUGAUAGCUAUGAUAUCUAUGAUAGCUAUGAUAGCUCUGAUAUCUCUGACAGCUCUGAUAGCUCUGAUAUCUCUGAUAGCUCUGAUAUCUCUGAUAGCUCUGAUAUCGCUGACAGCUCUGAUAGUUAUGAUAUCGCUGACAGCUCUGAUAGUUAUGAUAUCGCUGAUAGCUCUGAUAGCUCUGAUAGCUCUGAUAUCUCUGAUAGUUAUGAUAUCGCUGAUAGCUCUGAUAGCUCUGAUAUCUCUGAUAGCUCUGAUAUCUCUGAUAGCUCUGAUAUCGCUGACAGCUCUGAUAGUUAUGAUAUCGCUGACAGCUCUGAUAGUUAUGAUAUCUCUGACAGCUCUGAUAGUUAUGAUAUCUCUGACAGCUCUGAUAGUUAUGAUAUCUCUGACAGCUCUGAUAGCUCUGAUAUCUCUGAUAGCUCUGAUAUCUCUGAUAGCUCUGAUAUCGCUGACAGCUCUGAUAGUUAUGAUAUCUCUGACAGCUCUGAUAGCUCUGAUAUCUCUGAUAGCUCUGAUAUCUCUGAUAGCUCUGAUAUCGCUGACAGCUCUGAUAGUUAUGAUAUCGCUGACAGCUCUGAUAGUUAUGAUAUCGCUGAUAGCUCUGAUAGCUCUGAUAGCUCUGAUAUCUCUGAUAGUUAUGAUAUCGCUGACAGCUCUGAUAGCUCUGAUAUCUCUGAUAGCUCUGAUAUCUCUGAUAGCUCUGAUAUCGCUGACAGCUCUGAUAGUUAUGAUAUCGCUGACAGCUCUGAUAGUUAUGAUAGCUCUGAUAGCUCUGAUAGCUCUGAUAGCUCUGAUAGCUCUGAUAGUUAUGAUAUCGCUGAUAGCUCUGAUAGUUAUGAUAUCGCUGACAGCUCUGAUAGUUAUGAUAUCGCUGAUAGCUCUGAUAGCUCUGAUAGCUCUGAUAUCUCUGAUAGUUAUGAUAUCGCUGAUAGCUCUGAUAGCUCUGAUAUCUCUGAUAGCUCUGAUAUCUCUGAUAGCUCUGAUAUCGCUGACAGCUCUGAUAGUUAUGAUAUCGCUGACAGCUCUGAUAGUUAUGAUAUCGCUGAUAGCUCUGAUAGCUCUGAUAGCUCUGAUAGCUCUGAUAGCUCUGAUAUCUCUGAUAGUUAUGAUAUCGCUGAUAGCUCUGAUAGCUCUGAUAUCUCUGAUAGCUCCGAUAGCUCUGAUAUCGCUGAUAGUUAUGAUAUCGCUGAUAGCUCUGAUAGCUCUGAUAGCUGUGAUAUCUCUGAUAGUUAUGAUAUCGCUGAUAGCUCUGAUAUCGCUGAUAGCUCUGAUAUCGCUGAUAGCUCUGAUAGUUAUGAUAGUUAUGAUAUCGCUGACAGCUCUGAUAGUUAUGAUAGUUAUGAUAUCGCUGACAGCUCUGAUAGUUAUGAUAGCUCUGACAGCUCUGAUAGUUAUGAUAUCGCUGACAGCUCUGAUAGUUAUGAUAUCGCUGACAGCUCUGAUAGUUAUGAUAUCGCUGACAGCUCUGAUAGCUCUGAUAUCGCUGACAGCUCUGAUAGUUAUGAUAUCGCUGACAGCUCUGAUAGUUAUGAUAUCGCUGACAGCUCUGAUAGUUAUGAUAUCGCUGACAGCUCUGAUAGCUCUGAUAUCGCUGACAGCUCUGAUAGCUCUGAUAGCUCUGAUAUCUCUGAUAUCUCUGAUAUCGCUGACAGCUCUGAUAGCUAUGAUAUCUCUGAUAUCUCUGAUAUCUCUGACAGCUCUGAUAGUUAUGAUAGUUAUGAUAUCGCUGACAGCUCUGAUAGCUAUGAUAUCUCUGAUAUCUCUGACAGCUCUGAUAUCUCUGAUAGCUCUGACAGCUCUGAUAGCUCCUUAACCCUUGCUCCUUUGCACCCCAGCACUAUGCUGGUGAUCGGCAGGCCCAGCCCAAGAAUAGGAGAGUCACGCAGCUCACAGAGAGUCACGCAGCUCACGGAGAGUCACGCAGCUCACGGAGAGUCACGCAGCUCACGAAGAGUCACGCAGCUCACGAAGAGUCACGCAGCUCACGAAGAGUCACGCAGCUCACGAAGAGUCACGCAGCUCACGGAGAGUCACGCAGCUCACGAAGAGUCACGCAGCUCACGAAGAGUCACGCAGCUCACAAAGAGUCACGCAGCUCACGAAGAGUCACGCAGCUCACGGAGAGUCACGCAGCUCACGAAGAGUCACGCAGCUCACGGAGAGUCACGCAGCUCACGAAGAGUCACGCAGCUCACGAAGAGUCACGCAGCUCACGGAGAGUCACGCAGCUCACGGAGAGUCACACAGCUCACGAAGAGUCACGCAGCUCACAGAGAGUCACGCAGCUCACGGAGAGUCACGCAGCUCACGACGGAGAGUCACGCAGCUCACGACGGAGAGUCACGCAGCUCACGACGGAGAGUCACGCAGCUCACGACGGAGAGUCACGCAGCUCACGGAGAGUCACGGAGAGUCACGCAGCUCACGACGGAGAGUCACGCAGCUCACGGAGAGUCACGCAGCUCACGGAGAGUCACGCAGCUCACGACGGAGAGUCACGCAGCUCACGACGGAGAGUCACGCAGCUCACGGAGAGUCACGCAGCUCACGACGGAGAGUCACGCAGCUCAUGGAGAGUCACGCAGCUCACGGAGAGUCACGCAGCUCACGGAGAGUCACGCAGCUCAUGGAGAGUCACGCAGCUCAUGGAGAGUCAUGCAGCUCACGACGGAGAGUCACGCAGCUCACGGAGAGUCACGCAGCUCACGACGGAUAGUCACGCAGCUCAUGGAGAGUCACGCAGCUCACGGAGAGUCACGCAGCUCACGACGGAGAGUCACGCAGCUCAUGGAGAGUCACGCAGCUCACGGAGAGUCACGCAGCUCACGGAGAGUCACGCAGCUCACGACGGAGAGUCACGCAGCUCACGACGGAGAGUCACGCAGCUCACGACGGAUGGUCACGCAGCUCACGACGGAGAGUCACGCAGCUCACGACGGAGAGUCACGCAGCUCACGGACAGUCACGCAGCUCACGGACAGUCACGCAGCUCACGACGGAGAGUCACGCAGCUCACGACGGAGAGUCACGCAGCUCACGACGGAGAGUCACGCAGCUCACGACGGAGAGUCACGCAGCUCACGACGGAGAGCCACGCAGCUCACGACGGAGAGCCACGCAGCUCACGACGGAGAGUCACGCAGCUCACGGAGAGCCACGCAGCUCACGGAGAGUCACGCAGCUCACAGAGAGUCACGCAGCUCACGACGGAGAGCCACGCAGCUCACGGAGAGUCACGCAGCUCACAGAGAGUCACGCAGCUCACGGAAAGUCACGCAGCUCACGACAGAGAGUCACGCAGCUCACGACGGAGAGCCACGCAGCUCACGGAGAGUCACGCAGCUCACGGAGAGCCACACAGCUCACGGAGAGUCACGCAGCUCACGGAGAGCCACGCAGCUCACGGAGAGUCACGCAGAGGGAGAGAUUGUCUGCUCUUCCAGUUCCAGGGCUGAAUGA